AUGCCGCACUCCAAGCCCUCCAUCCCGACCUAUGUCUUAGGCGUAGGAAUGACGCAGUUUCUGAAACCUCGCCGCAUCAGGGAAUACCCUGAACUGGGCUACGAAGCGGGCAUAAAGGCAAUGCAGGAUGCAAAAAUCACCUACGACGAUGUCGAGGCUGGGAUUGCCUGCUACUGCUACGGCGACACCACCAGCGGCCAACGCAUCUUCUACCAGUUUGGGCAGACCUCGAUCCCCAUCUACAACACCAAUAAUGCCUGCGCAACGGGCUCCGCGGGCCUGCACCUUGCGCGCACUAUGGUGAAGAAUGGAGGUGCGGAUUGUGUACUGGUAAUUGGCUUCGAGCAGAUGCGGCCAGGGUCGAUUAAGAGCGUCUGGGAUGAUAGACCGAGCUCCGUUGGGCCCUCGACAGCGCUGAUGGAGAAGACGUUUGGGAAGCAUAACAGUCCCAGGAACGCGCAGUAUUUUGCGAAUGCUGGGAAAGAGUAUAUGCACAAAUAUGGUGCCAAACCCGAAGACUUUGCAGAGAUCGCCCGGAUCUCACACGAGCACUCCCAACGCAACCCCUACUCGCAGUUCCGGACGGCCUACAGUCUACAAGAGAUUAUGGACUCUACAACGAUCUUCCCGCCCUUAACAAAGCUCCAAUGUAGCCCUACCAGCGAUGGCGCCGCCGCAGCCGUGGUUGUAUCACAAGCCUUCCUCGACGCCCGACCCCAUCUUAAAUCCCAAGCUAUCCUGAUUGCAGGACAGCAGCUCCUCACCGACGAUCCGACCGUCUACUCAGGGAGCGCCAUCGACCUUGUAGGCUGGGGCAUGACCAAGCGCGCAGCCAAGGAGGCAAUGGCCGAAGCAGGCAUCACACCCCAAGACGUCACCGUCUGCGAACUGCACGAUUGUUUCUCGGCCAACGAGCUCAUCCUUCUUGACUGUCUCGGUUUUUCGGAGCCAGGUAAAGCCCACGAGCUUGUCCGCCGCGGAGACAUUACCUACGGCGGCAAAGGGCCAGUCAUCAAUCCUUCGGGAGGGCUGAUUUCCAAAGGCCAUCCCCUCGGAGCCACAGGCCUAGCGCAGUGCGCUGAACUGACAUGGCAGUUACGCGGGUGGGCAAACAACCGGCUCGUCGAGAAUACGUCGGUGGCGCUGCAGCAUAACCUGGGUCUGGGGGGUGCGGUCGUCGUGACGGUCUAUAAGCGGGCAGAUGGGGAGACGAACAGAAAGCACUCGGAUGAGGAGGUUGUUGCUGCUUCGGGAGUUGGAUAUAACCCAGCGACGGAGGCGCGCGUUGUUAGGCCUGCUGAUGCGGAGAAGGUCAGGAGUCGGGUGAAGUCGGACUAUCCCUUGGAGGAUACCGUGAAGAAGCUUUCUGCGAGGAUCUAG